CCCCUCCGCCUGGAAGCAGACAUCAGCUAUCCUCAGCAGACAGGACCCAGGGAGUCACCAAGGCCGGUGCAGGGGGUGGGCCCAGCUCCAUCACUGGCCUCCAGCAGGUCCAGUCCCACGGGGAUGUCCUUGCUUCCUCGUGGGGCUGGCAUGAUGGUGAAAUGGUUCAAAUCCCCCCUCCACCAGGGCCCCGAUCCUUCCCUCAUCUACCGACCUGACAUGGGCCCAGAGGCCGCCAAAGACAAGGGCAGCUUCCGAAACUACACUUCGGGCCCUCUUCUGGACCGUGUCUUUGCUACCUACAAGCUCAUGCAUACCCACCAGACAGUGGACUUCGUCAGGAAGAAGCACGCCCAGUUCGGGAGCUUCUCCUGCAAUAAAAUGACUGUCAUGGAGGCUGUGGACAUGCUGGACAGCCUGGUGGAUGAGUCGGACCCAGAUGUGGACUUCCCCAACUCCUUCCAUGCCUUCCAGACAGCAGAGGGCAUUCGGAAGGCCCACCCAGACAAGGACUGGUUCCACCUUGUUGGGCUCCUGCAUGACCUGGGAAAGGUCCUGGCUCUGUGGGGAGAGCCCCAGUGGGCAGUCGUUGGAGACACCUUCCCUGUUGGCUGCCGUCCCCAGGCCUCUGUUGUGUUCUGUGACUCUACCUUCCAGCAGAACCCAGACCUCUGGGACCCUCGAUACAGCUCAGAACUUGGCAUGUACCAGCCCCACUGUGGGCUCGAGAACGUCCUCAUGUCCUGGGGCCAUGAUGAGUACUUAUACCAGAUGAUGAGGUUCAACAAGUUCUCCCUGCCUCCGGAGGCCUUCUACAUGAUCAGGUUCCACUCUUUCUACCCAUGGCACACGGGCGGCGACUACAGGCAGCUGUGCAGCCAGCGAGACCUGGACAUGCUGCCCUGGGUGCAGGAGUUUAACAAGUUUGACCUGUACACCAAGUGCCCCGACCUGCCGGACGUGGACAAGCUGCGGCCCUACUACCAGGAGCUCAUUGACAAGUACUGCCCGGGUGUCCUGAGCUGGUGACCGGCCUGCCGGCCCGGCCCCCUGCUGAACUGGCCUGGGGCCGGGCCACGGUCGGGCACCAUGAAGGCCCACACCAGCCUCA